UUCUUUAUCAACUCUAAUCCAACUAGUUUACUGUUUAUAAUCAAAGUGAUAAAAGCAUAAAUUGAUUAAUGAAGUGCUAUGAACUGCAAAUUUCGAUUUAUUCUCCUCAGUGAAAUUGACAUAUAAAGAACUGUUACUGAAAUAAGAACAAUGUUAGAUUAAUUAAAUCAAAUAUUAAUCAAAUAAGCUCAGUGUCGUCAAAGAACGGUUAAAAAAUAAAAUGGCUCUUGAAAAAAUUAAUAAUAUGCACGAAAAAGAAAUAAAAAGUUCCAUAGAGAAAGAUGCUUCGGAAACAAUUAAUAAUAAAAAUAGUAACGCAGAAUACUCAGAAAGAGAUCCUUUACGAGAAGACGUUGAAAAAAGCGAAGAUGCAAUGAAAAAGACAUACAAAGAAACUUGCUGUCACAUGUUAAGGAAUAUAACAGUGGAGCCAGCAAUGUUCCUUUAUAUAAUUCCAGCCAUUUUGACAGCUUUAACAUUGCAAAAUUUGAAUAUAGAGAAAGCUUGUCGUGUGAACUUAAAUUUUUCCUCAGAGAUCUGUGAUGCUCUAAGAAAACAGACUUUAGGCGAACAAAACGAAUACGAAAGAGCCGUUCAAAAGCUUGUCGCUAAAGCUUUGUCAUGGAAAACUAACAUCACUGGAACAGUACCUUGUUUACUGGCACUCUUCAUAGGAUCUUGGUCCGACAUGACUGGUCACAGAAAAAGCUUCAUCAUGCUGCCAGUUAUCGGCCAGUUUAUAUUAUGCCUCAAUGGUAUCAUUAAUACAUACUUCUUUACACAACUCAACUUAGAAGUGCUAGUUUUUACAGAUGCUAUUAUUGACGGACUGAGUGGAUCCUGGUGUGUUUGCCUGAUGGCCUUAUUCGCUUACAUAAGCGAUGUAACCAAUGAUGAUAAUAGGACAUUUCGUAUGGGAUUGGUCAGUUUUAGCUUAACAGUUGGAUUUCCUAUUGGAAUGGGCAUUAGUGGUAUAUUUUUAAAAAAGUUUGGCUUUUAUGGAUGUUAUGGGGUAGCUGGAUGCCUGCACUUUAUUAAUUUGAUGUACACUAUUUUUAUUCUAAAGGAUCCAAAGCGCAGUGCUGAACAGAAAAUGCACGACAAAAAAGGAGUUCUCUACUUCUUCCGCACUUUCUUCGAUGUGAGGAACGUUAAGGAAACUCUGACAGUUGUAUUCAAAAAUGGGCCGAACAAUAGACGCUUCAGGAUAUGUACCAUGCUUGUUGUCGUCAGUAUUCUAUUUGGACCUAUGCAUGGUGAAAUAUCCGUAAUGUAUAUUUCCACGAGGUACAGGUUCAACUGGGACGAAGUUAAAUUCAGUGUUUUCCAAGCGUACAACUUUGUUACUCACACUAUCGGCACUAUCUUCUCAAUAACGGUGUUCAGUAAAUAUCUCAAGUGGCACGACUCCGUUCUCGGCAUCAUAUCGACUCUCAGCAAAAUUGCCGCCUCCUUCGUUUAUUGCUUUGCACCAAACGAAAGGAUAUUCUUUAUUGCUCCUCUGGUCGAUAUUUUAAACGGGACAUCAUUGUUAGCGAUGAGAUCGAUUGUAUCUAAAUUAGUCCUGCCUUCUGAAUUUGGCAAAGUGAACUCGAUAUUCGCCCUUACGGAGAACCUCAUGCCUUUAGUGUACGUCCCUCUCUACACGCAAGUGUAUGUGGCGACCAUGGAGGUGUUGCCAGGAGCUGUGUUCCUCAUGGGAGCUGCCAUGACUUUACCUGCAGUGGUUGUUUUCAUUUGGCUGUUUUGGGAACACAGAAGGAACCUAAGAAGAUCAAAAAAGCAAAACGGGGUCGAACUAAAAGAAAUGUAGCGAACAACAAACAAAUGCCAACCUGUGUCUUUUUGUCUGUUUAUUACGGCUCCAGUAGGUAUAAGGCCAGACCUGGGGCCAAAUCAUUUAGCAAGUGACGGCCAUUAUAAACGCUAGGUACCUACUUGCAAAUGCACAAGUUCCUUUGAUUUUUUAAUAUGAAAAUAAAUGAAAAUACACAAAAGACGGCAAACCGGCCAACAUUGUCCAAUUGCUUUGCUCAGAUCGUUGGGCCCUUGGGCCAAAGUGUAGAUAUUAGAUAUUAGGUUCUUUACAUUUUCACAGCUAAACCGCUCAACUGAUCUUAAUGACAUUGGGCACACUCUAUCCUACAAAAUAUCCCCCCCAAAUAGUGCCAAAAUUGAGAAAACAAUUUAAAUUCCACGUGAAAAAACUACAGCUAAAUAAUUACUAAGUACUGUGGAUUACAGAAGUCUAUAAUUAUAGUUAAAAAACGAAACAUUUGGUUGGAGUAUCCUAUAGGCUGCAACACGAAUAUUUUUAAGUAUUGCUUUAUUAAUUAAAAAAAAAAACCUUUAGGUACUUAUA